AUGGUAAGAACANGAGGUGCAUCUUUUAGUUCUCGUGGGGAGAGUUCUCGAGGAGAGAGUUCUCGACAACAAAGUUCUCGAGGAGAGGGUUCUGCACAAGGUUUAGNUAGGAGACGACCUACAGCUUCGGCACGGAGAGGGUGGGCAGCUCCUAUUCAGGAUGACCCUAUCGUUGAGGAUCAAGCAUUUGAGGAGGAGGCAUAUCAGGCCUACGAGGGUCCUGUUCAGGAGGAGGCAUUUGAGGCCUCUGAUGACGAUUAUGAGGAGGAGGAACAUGAUGUUCCUGGCAUACAAGAGGAGGAUGUCGGUGGAUUUCCUGGAGGUCCACGUGAUGCUUCUUUACUGACGCACUAUGUUCAGCAUGUUGUGUAUGGUAUUUCACAGGGCCGGGAUCGAGGGGAUAUGCUCAAGUUGAUCUCGCAUGGUAUAAAAGUUAAUAAAUUAGGACCGUGCGCCGAGGGAAUUCAACACAUUGUGUUGAAUUCCUCUUUGAUGCCUCUCACACAGAUCUGCUACGAUUACAUUGAUAAGGGCUUGUUGCUCGGAUUCAUAGAGAGGUGGCACUUUGAGACGAGUAGUUUCCAUCUCCCUGUAGGGGAGAUGACGAUCACGCUUGAUGAUGUAUCCACCUUACUUCAUCUCCUGGUGCUAGGACAAUUAUGUGAUUUGGAGGAGUUGGAGUUUGAGGAGGCUCGUACAGCCCUCGUAGACCUGCUCGGCGUUGAUGGUGGCACAGCUGGUGCUNAGAUGGAGGAUGCACGUGGUACUAAAGUAAGACUCAGCUGGCUGAGAGACAUAUAUGUUCAGAGGUGUCGGUCACAGGAUUGGGACUAUGCUGCCAGAGCAUAUCUGCUNCAUCUAGUAGGAUGCACCAUUUUUGCAAAUAAAAGUGCCAGUUCUAUACGCGUGUCUUACCUACUAUUAUUUAGAGACGUACACGCGUGUGGCAGAUAUGCUUGGGGCGUUGCUNCACUCGCCCAUUUGUACGAGCANCUUGGGGAUGCCAGUCUGGCUUCCACGAAGCAGAUGGNUGGAUAUUUGACUCUUUUUCAGGUACAAACAUAA